GCGACGGGCUGGAGAAAUCGAGGUGGAAGAAAGAGAUUAACGACAGCUAGUGGCGGUACAGAUUCAGGAAGGUGACGUUUGUGCUUUUCUUCACAACAAAAAAACAGAGUAGAUCUCGGUGAUCGAGUAAAAGGAGCAGUUUCCCUGCCGGUUCAGUUAUUUACACAUCUGUCUAGUUCGGAGACUUAGGGAUGAACUGAAAAUGAACGUCAACCAGCAACCUCACAUGGCCUCUCCUUACGGACAGCCACAGUCUGGCUACCAGGGCAACCCACACUCCGGUUAUGGGGGUCAGCAAUUGCCCGGGGGUUAUGUGGGUCCGUAUGCUCCGUACAACGGACCUGCGUCUAAUUACCAAACAGGCCCACCUCAAGGAUAUUCUCCUUAUGCAAGCUUUCCUUCUAAGGCUCUUGCAGCAAACUUAGUCUCUGACCUGUCCUCUUCCUCUCCUCUUGACUUAGGUAUGAGAGGACCCCCCACCUCUGGUGCACCCCCAGUGUCUGCAGCUCAGCCCUAUUCACAGUUUGGGCAGAGUGAAGUACAGAAUGGACCACCUUCUAUGGGUGCCCCUCCACAAAGGCCAUCUGCGUCUCAGCCGUACACUCAAGGAUCAGUGAGCUUGUCAGGUCCUCAGCCUGCAUACCCCCAGCAGUUUGGAGCACCACCCACCACUAUGCAGCAGGUGACCAAUCAGAUGGCAGGCAUGCAGGUUGGGUCCACUAUACCCUCCUCAGCUGGCCCGGGCUACGCUCUACCUGCCAUCUCCCAGGCUCCUGUUCCAGCUCCUCCAUCCUCUUUUGUUCCCACGGCUCCUGUCCCCACUCGGCCCCCGCCCACCUCGGGUCCGCCACAUACACCAGCUCAGUCGUACUACGGAGCUCCUCCUGCUCAUCAACCAUUCCCAGCUACAGCCCCACCUUUCUCGUCUGCACCUGGUCCUACCCAGCUCCCUCCUCCACCCUUGGCUUCACAGCAGACUUUCAGUCAGGCCUCUCCUCUUUCACAGCCUCAGUUUUCAUCAGCCCCACCUACAGGCCCUGCUGCAUUGUAUGGAGGCCCACCUCCAUCAGUGCAGGCCACUCACUCUAGAGCACCCCUUCCCACUUCCCAGCCUUCAGCUUUCUCCGGAGGGCCUCCACCGAGCUCUGCGCCAUCCCAGUACUCAACAACCAUGCCCCCUGCAUCACAGCCUUCUCCAUUCCACUCAGGUCCUCCUCCACCCACCACUGCUCCUGGAUUUCCACCUCAAGCAGGUGCACCUCCUAGGCCUCCACACUCAGGCAUGCAGGGGCCUCCUAUGGCCUCCCAGGGGCCUCCUAUGGCCUCCCAGGGGCUUCCUAUGGCCUCCCAGGGGCCUCCUAUGUCCCAAGUGAAUCAUGUGACCCCUCCACAACCCGGGAUGUUGCAUGGACCCACCACUCCCGGAAUGGCACCACCACAGCCAGGGAUGCAGGGUUAUCCACCUCAGCAGAACGGUGCUUUUGGGCAAGUGAGAGCUCCUCAGCCUGGCUAUGGUGGACCAUAUUCUGGGCAGCAAGGCUACGGAGCUCAGCCCUCUGCACAAGCCCCUCCUCCUGCAGCGAAGAGACUUGACCCGGACUCCAUUCCCAGCCCGCAAGCCUCUGACAUACCGCCUGUGCAGAAAACAAGACAUAGAAUAGACCCAGACGCUAUUCCCAGCCCAAUUCAGGUGAUUGAGGAUGACAAGGCAAACAAAAGCAAUGAGCCUUUUGUCACUGGGGUCAGAGGUCAAGCCCCACCCCUCGUCACUACCAACUUCCAUGUUAAAGAUCAAGGGAAUGCGAGUCCACGUUUCAUCCGUUGCACAGCUUAUAACAUGCCAUGUACCUCAGACAUGGCCAAACAGUCCCAGGUGCCGCUGGCUGCAGUUAUCAAACCACUGGCUACUCUGCCUCCAGAUGAGAAUCCUCCUUAUAUAGUGGAUCAUGGGGAAAGCGGUCCUAUUCGCUGUAAUCGCUGUAAGGCUUACAUGUGUCCCUACAUGCAGUUCAUAGAAGGUGGAAGACGCUUCCAGUGUAGCUUCUGCAACUGUGUCACGGAAGUGCCUCCCCAUUAUUUCCAGCAUCUGGACCACACAGGGAAGCGUGUAGACUGCUACGACCGACCCGAGCUGUCCCUGGGCAGCUACGAAUUUGUAGCCACAGUGGAUUAUUGUAAGAACAACAAGAUUCCUCAGCCUCCAGCCUUCAUCUUCUUAAUUGAUGUGUCAUACAAUGCUGUGAAAAGUGGCAUGGUGAGGAUUGUAUGCCAGGAGCUUAAAAGCCUGUUGGACUAUUUGCCCAGAGAGAACCCUGAUAUGGAUUCCAAUAUACGAGUAGGCUUUGUAACCUACAACAAAGUGCUGCACUUCUAUAAUGUAAAGGCUUCUCUGGCCCAACCUCAGAUGAUGGUGGUCUCAGAUGUGGCAGACAUGUUUGUACCCUUGUUGGAUGGAUUCCUUGUCAAUGUCUCCGAGUCCAGGGUUGUCAUUGAGAGUUUGCUGGAUCAGAUCCCCGAGAUGUUUGCUGACACACGAGAGACGGAGACAGUGUUUGGCCCUGUUAUCCAAGCUGGACUGGAAGCGCUUAAGGCUGCAGACUGUGUUGGAAAGCUGUUUGUCUUCCAUACCUCUUUGCCCAUCGCUGAAGCUCCAGGCAAGCUGAAGAACAGGGAAGACAAAAAACUGGUGGGCACCGACAAAGAAAAGACAUUAUUCCAGCCCCAAGUGAGCUUCUAUGCUAACCUGGUGAAAGAUUGUGUGGCACAGGGCUGUUGUGUGGAUCUCUUCCUGUUCCCUAAUCAGUAUGUAGACGUGGCAACAUUAGGGGUGGUACCCACUUCAACUGGAGGUUCCAUCUACAAAUACACCUAUUUCCAGGCCCAGUCUGACCAGGAGCGGUUUCUGAACGAUCUGAGGAACGAUGUGCAGAAGCAGGUGGGCUUUGAUGCGGUGAUGAGGGUCCGCACAAGCACUGGUAUCCGGGCCACAGACUUUUUAGGUUCAUUCUACAUGAGCAACACCACAGAUGUCGAGCUGGCGUGUCUGGACUGUGACAAAACCAUCACAGUGGAGUUCAAACAUGACGACAAGCUCAGUGAGGAGACUGGCGCACUCAUCCAGUGUGCUGUACUAUACACCAGCUGUGGUGGUCAACGGCGACUGCGGAUCCAUAACAUGGCAGUGAACUGCUGUGCACAGCUGGCUGACUUGUACAGAAACUGUGAAACAGACACCAUUAUCAACUUCUUUGCUAAGUAUGCAUACCGCAGUGUACUGAACAACCCUACCAAGAAUGUUCGAGACAGUCUGGUGAAUCAGUGUGCCCAGAUCCUGGCAUGCUAUCGCAAGAAUUGUGCUAGCCCAUCUUCAGCUGGACAGCUGAUCCUCCCAGAGUGCAUGAAGCUACUUCCUGUGUAUCUCAACUGUGUACUGAAGAGUGAUGUUCUGCACCCUGGAGCAGACGUCUCCUUGGAUGAUCGCGCGUAUCUGAGACAGCUGGUCAGCGCCAUGGAUGUGGCAGAGAGCCAUGUGUUCUUUUACCCACGGCUGCUUCCAGUGCACAAGUUGGAUGUGGAGAGUGAUGCUCUGCCUGUGGCAGUCAGGGACUCUGAAGAGAGACUGUCUAAGGGGGGCAUUUACCUUCUGGAGACUGGCCUGAACCUUUUCCUUUGGGUGGGAGUCAACACCCAGCAGGAGCUUCUCCAGAACAUCUUUGGCACCCCUGCUUUCAGCCAGAUCGAUCCUAACAUGACGUCUUUGCCGAUGUUGGAUAAUCCAUACUCGAAGAGGCUGCGGGAGAUUAUCGAGUCUUUCCGCACACAGCGCUCUCGCUACAUGAAGCUGGUGGUGGUGAAGCAGGAAGACAAACUUGAGCUCAUCUUUAAGCAUUUCCUUGUGGAGGACAAAAACAACAGCGGUGGGGCUUCUUAUGUGGACUUCUUGUGUCACAUGCACAAGGAGAUUCGCACACUUCUGAGCUAGGAGAGCUCCCUUUGCCCUUUUUAUCUGACAAACCAGUUCUGUCCUCCUGUCAUUUCCCCUCCUCUAAUGUAAUGUUCUAUAAAGUGCAGGAGGAAAAUCAGUUUCUCUCCAUGUGCUGUCACAUUCUGGUGUCUAUCUGUGAUUUGGUUUGGGGGGGGAAUUGCGAGGUGUGUGUAUGUGUGUGAGAGAGAGUGAGUGAGUGUGUGAAUUUGGUGAGAGAAUGUUGGUGUGCAUGAAUCGGCAUAUGUAUGAGGGAUGCUAUUGAUAUUUCCCACCACAUCCUGAUAUAGUAACAGAUUAUCCAGCACAGCUGCUGUAAGGAUAACUUUAUUCUGAACAAACACUUAAGUGCAGAAUUAACAAUGUGUUAAUUAAACUGCAGGAUAAUAGGCUUUAAAAGUGUGUGCAUGUGUGUGGACUGUGAGUGCGGGAACACUGGCACUGUAGGCAGUAGUAGACGGCAUUAAUUAUUGAGCCCGAUUUUCUGAGAAAGAUCCCGACAAGUAGAAACGAACAUUUAUUAUUUUUUUUCCUCUUCCAAAUAACUUAUUGUUUCUUCAUGUAAUUUUUGCAGUCGUGGAUGUUUUGUUCAGUUAGUCCUCGUGUUUCAUUUUCAACCAUGGCCUUACUGACCCAUCUCUCCAUUUCUCACCCGUUUUCUGCUCGUCUUCGUGGGGUUUUGUUAUCAUUUAUUGUCAUCGUUCUUGGUUUUUAAACGUGUGCAGGAACCCUUUGACUGAUGGAUUAUAUGGGAAGCAGUGUGUUUUUAAGUGUGCUUUUCACUGUCCGUACAUCUAACUCUUCAGAUAUAACACUCGCUCUAAAAUUCUAUGCAUCAGAUUAGCUCUGGAUGGAGGAACAUGUAACCAAACAAGCCUAAUAUUGAAGUUACGAGGGAACAGGAUGCGUGCUGAGUUAACUGGCAUGCCUGAAGCUGUGUUACAGUGUGAGCAUUUGAGAACGGAUGAAGAAUUCUCCUAUUGUGGAGAGGGAAUGGGACCUAUCAGAAAGCACUCUGACUGGGCCGGGUGAUGUAGUUCAGAUUAGCCAGCUGGACGGGAGUUUAUGCAGUCGAGCUCUUCUUAAUGAGAAUGGAGACUGUAGUCCAGAUGGCAGCCAUCUUCAAAGCAAGCUUCAGUUCCUGGGCUUAUAUUACAGGAACAGCUACUUGUACUGUUUCUAAUGUCCCCAGGUUUUCUGUUUGUUACUCUGUUGUUGUUUUUUUCUUUUUUCUUUCACUGUAUGAUCAAGUGCUAACCUGUACCAUGAAUCAUUAUAUAUCAUUUUACAAUCCAAUAUUCAUUUCUAAAUGUUUUGAGGGUUAGAAUCCCGGAGCAGGCAGAGUCAGGCGCAGACCUCGGCGCUGGGUUCUUGUCUGCCCUGGUCUUGUCUUUCUAGUGAAAAAAAAACAAACAACAAACCUUUGUACAGUGAAAGCAUACGGCAAGAGUAACGUAAAAAAGUUUAGAACUGCCGAUUUCUAACCGUUUUGAAGCAUGUGCAGGAUUGUGACCUGAAAAGCAAUCAACACUGAAUACCUUGUCAUCACAUGUAUUUACAUGUACAGAAUUAAAAAUCACAUUUUAAACAUGA